GCCCAUCGCAAAGGAUCUGUCGACGUCGAGAGGCGGCUGCGACUUAUACGCUCGCAGUUGAUACCUUCACAGUUCACACAAUCAGGGGUGGUUUAAUUUGGCUGGCACGCCGCCUGCGACCGCAGCGAUCGGUGAAAUCGAUGGCGUACCGGAGAAAGCAGCCGGCGGGCAGGGUCUCGACUGUCGAGGAAACCCGAUCCCCCUCCGAGAGCACUUCACCGGCCUCGGAGACUCCGGCCUCCCUCGCUGCCCGGGCGAUCCGUGCCUCCGCUGCCCACCGCGACGCAUCCUCUCUCUCAUCAGCGUACGGUGAGUCUGCUGUGUCCUCUCCUCGCGCUGAAGCCCAUCGUAUGAGACCUUCGCCGCCUUCCCAGAGGGACGUUGCUUCCUACGAAUAUACAUCAAUGAAAAGUUUAAAUGAAUCCAAAUAUGGAUUUUGGGGGACAUUGGCUAGGAAAGCUAAAUCAAUAAUAGAUAAUGAUGAUGAUAAUUUUCAGAUGUUUGACAAUGGUUCACAUCAGGCAGCUGCGAGAUCAAACAAUAAUCAGGGACCAGGAAUUUCUAAGAAGACGGAAACAACUCAUAAACUUUCAGACACAAUUGGUUCUUCCCUUAACCAAAUUGGUGGCACGAUAAAAAAUGUUGUUGAGGAGGGUCUUACAAUGGUGGAGAGUAAGAUUAGCCAUGAAACUCGAAAGCUCAAUAUUAGGAGAAAAGGAAAUGCCGCCAGUGUGCAAGGUCAGGCUGCAGAAAGUAUGGGUCAACAACAUAUGCCUCGGAUUCAAACAGACUAUGAAGUCCAGCUGAAGGCCUCUCGCGACGUCGCAAAUGCAAUGGCUGCAAAAACCAAACUUCUCCUUAGGGAAUUGAAAACCGUUAAAGCAGAUCUUGCUUUUGCAAAAGAACGUUGCGCUCAACUUGAAGAAGAAAACAGAGUGCUGAGGGAAAACUAUGAGGAGGGAGAUGGUCCCGAAGAAGAUGAUCUGAUUCGACUUCAAUUGGAAACAUUGUUGGCUGAGAAAGCAAGACUAGCUAACGAGAAUUCUGUUUAUGCUCGGGAGAACAGAUUUCUGAGAGAGAUUGUGGAGUACCACCAACUCACAAUGCAGGAUGUUGUAUAUAUAGAUGAAGGCAUUGAAGAGGUCUCUGAAGUUUACACAAUUCCAACUACUCCGUGCACUCCACCUGCUGUAUCUGAAGCAAACAAUAUCUUUGUGUCGAACCCUCUUGCUCCCAGUCGUACAAACAGCAGCCCUGCUACUCUUCAACCAUCAUUGAUGCAUUCUCCCUCUAUCAUCAAACCAGAAGAUUGCCCCAUUAUCCCUGCACCACCUGUUCUUCCACGGCCAACAGAUCCGGCAAAGUGAUUCUUGCAUCUCUAUCUGCAGCUGGUCCUGGUGUAGGCUGCUGGCAUCCAUCAUUGUCUUCAAGUUCACCUGCACGAAAUCUUCAAGCUCUCUUUCGAUAUCUGUUGGAUUUGGCAUAGAAUUAUUGCAUUAAGAUCGGAAUCCCACGGUCAUGCAAGUUCUCUUCUCAACAUUAUUAGUUGUCAUGUGGGUUGGUUUGUUCGUGUACAGUGCGUGCACAUGAUAUGCAGUUAUUUUCUUUGCACUUUUAGCAACCUUUGUCGCUUGCGUUCUAUCGUUAUUCAUUUUGUGAAACGGAUGCUAUCAUUAUUAAUCUGUAUUUGUAAUGCUGCACUAUAUAUGAUUAAUCAAAAUGCUUGGAAUCAUCUUGAAUUGAUGACU